AUGUCUUUGGCUGUUGGGGUCGUUUCAACUUCGAAAAACAUGGGUUUUGAUGAGAAGAAGGGAAAUGGAGAAGAGGGCAACCCGGAUUCGAAAAUCGGGUCGGGUGACCCGGACCCUGAGAUUGUACCCGGGACCGGAGGCCGGGUCAGCAGGCAAAUAAGUGAGAGUUCUAUUUACACAACUGAUCAUGAUGAAGAUGAUGAGGAUAUUGAAUCAAAGAUACAAUUGGGCCCUCAAUGUACCCUCAAAGAGUUGUCUGAAAAGGACAAGGAUGAUGAGAGUUUGAGGAGGUGGAAAGAACAGCUUCUGGGGAGCGUGGACAUCAAUGCUGUUGGAGAAACACUUGAUCCAGAUGUGAAAUUCUUGAGCCUUGCAAUAAAAUCUCCCGGGAGAAAUGAGAUAUUAUUGUUAGUCCCAGAGGUUGGAAAUCCUAAAAGCCCGUGGUUUACUUUGAAAGAGGGAAGCAAAUAUAGCCUCGAGUUUACUUUCCAGGUCAAUAACAACAUUGUAUCGGGCCUCAAGUACAAGAACAAUGUCUGGAAAACCGGCAUUAAA